CCUGGAACGCGCCUAUUGCAAACAUAUUAGCUUGUCCGGUUCAUUUUAUUUUCAAUCAAGCAGGUUGUUUCUUCGACGAAUUUGAAAAAUAAAUUAACGACUAAAAUAAAAGUAGAGGCGGUCGGUUACGUAGGCCGGCGUGCUCUCCCCUCCGGUGGGACGCGCCCAUUGCAAACAUGAGUUUCGCCAGGCGGCAUGUAGCGGCAGCGGCAAGUAUGUCGUAGGCUCUUACCUCGCUGUCACACACCGCUCCGACUUGGCCGGCUUACACCAUGGCGGCGAUUCACGAAGGCCCCGAAUUCGGGAUUGGAGAUUUCGUACUUCUUCCCGAGCUUACCUUGGAUGCGUUUAUGCAAAAUUUGAAAAACAGAUUUGAAAAAGGCAGAAUAUACACCUAUAUUGGAGAGGUGGUUGUGUCAGUGAAUCCAUACAGACAGGUGGAUCUUUAUGGAAAGAAUUAUGUGGACCAAUAUCGGGGUCGAGAAAUUUAUGAACGACCACCUCAUAUAUUUGCACUCGCAGACUCUGCAUAUAAAACAAUGAAACGGCAGUCAAAAGACACAUGCAUUGUUAUCUCAGGAGAGAGUGGAUCUGGUAAAACUGAAGCUUCAAAAAUCAUCAUGCGUUACAUUGCUGCAGUAACAAAUGUCAGUGGACAGCGUGAAGUUGAAAGGGUGAAAGAUGUGCUUAUAUUAACCAAUGUUAUCUUGGAGGCAUUUGGUAAUGCAAAGACCAAUCGCAAUGACAACUCUAGUCGCUUUGGCAAAUACAUGGACAUCAAUUUUGACUUCAAAGGGGACCCCAUUGGGGGUCAUAUUAACAACUACUUGCUUGAGAAGAGUCGAGUGGUAUUUCAGCAAACAGGAGAAAGGAAUUUCCAUUCAUUUUAUCAGCUUUUGGUCGGUGCUCCUGAGGAUCGACUUUCACAGAUGGGAUUAACACGAGACACUACCCUCUAUCACUAUGUGAACCAGGGUGGGGAUCCAAAGGCUGCCAUGAUUGAUGACAGAGGAGACUACAAAUCUGUGGUAGCUGCAUUGAAAAACUCUGGCUUUGACCCUAAGGACAUUGAGACUCUUUGGAAUGUUAUUGCUGCAGUGCUGCAUCUGGGCAACAUUCAGUUUGAACCCUCUGCUGACCAAGAUCAUGCCCAGAUGACCAACCGAAAAGAUCUGGUUGCCCUUGCUCGGCUCUUGUGUGUAGAGACAGAUGCAUUAGAACGUACCCUUCUAUCACGCGUGAUUGCUGCAGGAGGGCAGGUAGUUGAGAAAGGGCUUAACGUAUCUGAAGCUCUGUAUGCACGGGAUGCCUUUGCUAAGGCUAUCUACAAUCGUAUGUUUACAUGGAUUGUUGGCCGUAUCAAUGAAUUGAUUGAUCCAAAACACAGUGGUGUGCGCUAUGCAGGCAAAAACACCGUCAUAGGAGUCCUUGAUAUUUAUGGCUUUGAAAUUUUUGACAACAACAGUUUUGAGCAGUUCUGUAUCAAUUACUGCAACGAAAAACUGCAGCAGCUGUUUAUUGAGUUAGUCUUGAAGCAAGAGCAGGAAGAGUAUAUGAAGGAAGGCAUUGAAUGGCAACAUGUGGACUACUUCAACAAUAAAGUGAUUUGUGAUCUUGUGGAAGUACCGCAUAGAGGAGUGCUAGCUAUUCUUGAUGAAGCCUGCCUAAGUGUUGGAAAAGUGACAGAUGAAAUGUUCUUGGAUGCCAUGGCACAAAAAUUAAAAAGCGAGCGCUUCACCUGCAGAAAACUAGCACCAGCUGAUAAAAGUCUGGAACAUAAUCGGGAUUUCCGCAUCAUGCACUAUGCUGGAGAUGUCACCUACAGUGUUGUGGGGUUUAUUGAUAAGAAUAAAGACAUGCUGUUCAUGGAUUUUAAGCGAUUGUUGUUUAACAGCUCCAAUAAUUUGAUCAAGAGUAUGUGGCCGGAGGGGAAGCAGCUUGUCACUGAGACCACCAAGCGUCCCACCACUGCUGGCACUGACUUCAAAAAUUCCAUUAUUGCUUUAGUGGAGAACUUGGCAUCCAAGACUCCAUUCUAUGUGCGGUGCAUCAAGCCAAAUGAGAUCAAGUCACCUGUUCAGUUCAAUGACACACGCUGUAAACAUCAGGUCAUGUAUCUGGGUUUGUUGGAAAAUGUGAGGGUUCGCAGGGCUGGCUUUGCUUACCGCAUGGCCUAUGACCGCUUCCUGCAUCGAUACAAAUGCAUUGCUCGUGACACCUGGCCCAACUUCCGGGGAAAUGUAGUGGACGGGGUCAAGUAUCUAGUGAACAGCCAGAACUGUGGUCAGGAUGUCAAAUAUGGCCGCUCCAAGAUUUUCAUCCGCUCACCUCAGACCAUCUUUGCUUUUGAGGAAGCACGAGACAGAAAGAUCCCUGGAAUUGUGUUGUUCCUACAAAAGAUGGUAAGAGGAGCCUUGGCAAGAAAGAAGGCAAGGCAACUGCGCGCUAUGUACCUGAUUAUGGGAUGUUUCAAGCGGUACAAAAUGCGUAACUACAUUCUCAUGAUUGUGGAACGGUUUCGCAAUGUGCGCCAGACACGUGACUUUGGCAAGAAUGUGCAGUGGCCUUCACCCCCAGCAGUUCUUCAGGGAUUGGUUGACAUGCUGAAAAAAGUUCAUUCAAGGUGGCGUGCUCACAUGAUUUUGCGCAAAAUCCCCAAAGAAGAGCGACCUCAAUGGCAUCUAAAGGUCCUUGCUGGAGACCUAUUAAUGCGUCGCCGCCCUGAAUGGGGACUAAAGCGCAAGUGGGAGGGAAACUAUUUGGCUCAGACAAGAGAGAAUAGCAGCACUGCAGACUUUGUAUCACAAAUAAACUUGCUCAAGUCUAAGGAUGGUUUUACAAAGGUCCUGUUUUCCUCUUUUGUCAGGAAGGCCAACAAACACAACAAAACAGCGGAGCGUGCCAUUGUUUUCACAGACAAGUUUAUCUACAAACUUGACCACAAGAAGCAUUUCAAGGCCAUGCAGAAAGGAAUCCCAUUCACAAAUGUGACUGGAGUAAGCAUCACACAAGGCAGCGACCAGUUGAUUGUCGUGCACCUCAGUGGUGGCAAUGAUCUUGUGCUGUGCUUGUACAGUCAUGUCAAUGAAGAAAGGAUUGGCGAGCUGGUGGGAAUUCUUGCAAAUCUUAUUAACAGGCAGUAUAGCAGAGAUCUCAAACUAAGAGUGGAGAAUGGCAGAAUAGGCUGCAUGUUGGGUGACAAGAGCCGUAGUGUGAUUGUGAGACAGAUGGCUACAAACAAUGGACCUGUUUUCAGGAAAGAGGGCAGUGACCUUAGUCUCCUUAUCCCAUCACCUUCAUGAGAAGGCUGCUUGGUAUAUUAUUAGUACAUUAUGAACUCAGUUAGGCUUCUAGUUACACAGUAACUGAUAACUUACAGUUUUCAGAAUGUGUGCACGAGUGUGUGUGCAUGCAUUGAUGAAGUGCUCUUAUCUUCCAUAUGCAUUUGUCCAACUUUAGUGUGCACAUUUAUGCAUCUUAUACAAUAAAUUUGCAGAGUUUUGUACUCAGUUAUAAGAUUUGAAGAUUAAAACUUUGUGAAAAGCUGGUUUUUUUUUCUGCAUAAAUAAAAGUUGGAGAUCCAGAAAUCGUGUACAGAAAGCUUUUUUUUUUUUUUAAAUCACAACCACUUUUGCUGCUUUGAAUAGAUUGUUUUUAUAAACAUGUUAUGAUAUGAAAGUUAAGAAAAUUUUUGAAUUUUAAAAGAAUAUCACUAUAGAAUUUGUCACUUUUAUGAUGUGACUAAUAAAGACUAGCUAUUUUUUAAAUUGCUGAAUUUGUAUCAAUUUUCAUCACACUGUGUGUGGAAAACCUUUUGUAUGUUGUUAUAUACUACAUUUCUAUUCAUUUCUUAGUCAUUAGUCAUCUGAAUGAAAUGGAGAAAAAAAUACCCAUAGAAGUGGGAGGUUUUUCUUCCUAUUUAUAGCCUUAAACUGUAGUUAAUAAAUCCUGCUGUUGAUUGAAGGCUAUGGGAAAAAGUUCAUUGUUGAGGUGUGAAGUCAAUGUUGUAUGUCUAAUACAUAAGAUAUAAAAUUAUUUUGUUCAAGUGUGUUAUCACCUUACAUAGACUGUAAUAAUGUUUCUAAACUUUUGCUUUUAUAUGUAUACAAAGAAUCUCUUGUUUUUUUUUUUUUGAACCAAGCUGUUUAUACUAGAGAGGCUUAAUUAUUACUGCUUGUUUGACUUUUUUUGAAGUUCAAGAAAUUAAGCUUUAUAGACUCUUUCAGCUAUAUAAUUUAAAAUUUUGUGGUAGCUUAUUUAGUUUUGAAUUGUUUUUCCUUUUCUUGUGGCAUCAUGUAGUUUAAUAACAGUAUCGUCAUUUGAUUGUAAAAUGUCUUUAAUAGGAAGGAGGUGUAGAUAAAGCAUGUGAUAAAGUAUCUUUCACAAAUAUUUACAAAAUCAUGCUAAUUGGAAUCCGAAUCCGAAUCUCGUUGUUUUAUUUAUUUUGAUUUUUCACGUUCACUUUGGCAUUUUUGUGAAAAUGUUUAGCAGACUAUCACAUUAAAAUUAGUCCCCUUUUCUGUUUCCACAAAACACUAUAGAAAACAUUGUAUUUUUGGUUUUCUUCAUAGUAUAGCUUGCAGUUAGCAAAAAACUCGGAAUUCUGUAAUAGAACCUUUUUUUCCCAGAUCAGUAGUGAGCAUUUUAUGACUUGACUCAAGGUCUGCAUGGCUGUUUCUGUGAUUCUUCAUGUGGUUUUCUGUUACCUACCUUUCGUUUGUUCACUGAGUGCAUCUUUAUUUUUUUAAAUAAACUUGGUGACCUUUUGAGAGCUUUAAGAUUUGUCAUUUUCAUCUGUUUGAUGAAACAUUGUGCCUUGGACGGCUCUCUAUUAAAAGUCCCUAUAACAUCACUUCUUUGUUCUUACCAUUACCACCAUUUGGGUGACAACUAUUUCAGCCUCACAAAGCUUUUCCUGAAAAGUCACCCAGUCUUUUUCAAUUGUUUUGUUGUUUUUGCCAAAAUUUGUUUAUUUUAUCAUUACAUCUUUUAUCACUUACCCAAAAGCAGUGAAUGAACUGCUCUACAAAUUUCAUAUUAGAAAAUUAGCAACCACUUGUAUCUUGUAGAAUCAUAAUAUUGUGGUGACAACAGUUUUAAUGGAUUCAUCCGUCAGUUCUCAUUGUCAUAUCAGGUCAGAUCCACUUUUGGUACCGAAUUCUUAAGAAAUAGGGAAACAUUUUCAAAAAAGUUUGAACAUGUCUAGUAAUAUUUUGGUUAAGAUAUUGUCUUCAGCAGCUUUUAUGAUCUGACCAUUGAAAUGUAUCCAGUUUUCUCAAUAUUUAAUGUUCUUACAAGUGUUGAAAAUGUUGAAUUCCAGUCAUUCUUAUAUAAUAAUACAAACAUCAGUGGCAGUUAUUCCUUCACUUAAGUGCAUCGUUUUUUGCGACUGUUGAUGUUUUAAUGGUACUAUUUAUGUAAAGCUGUUGUUCACAGACGGUUGUCAGUAAGGAACCAUCAUCUGAAAAGUUUCAACUACCUUCUAGCAUGUGUAUGUAUGAUGAAAUGGAAAUGACCUGCACAGGAUAUAGUUCACUAAUUGUAUAACGCUUUUCAGUGGCUCUCUAUUUCUGUUUCUCUGUUACUACUUUUUUUGCAGCAUCCAUUCCCAUUCUGCUGUUAUUUUUGUUUUGGGCUGUCAGAGAACUUAUAGAGCGAGUGUAGUUCCAUGACCUACUGUUUACUUUUUAUUGUCAUCACCCUUUCUUCGCUGUAUGAUAUACAUACAGCAUGAGCUUGUGGUCUAGAACCUUAAUGAACUGGACAAAUUGAAGUUGAAAAAUUUUUCCAUGGAUGGGAAUUCCUGUCAAAUGAUUUUUAUUAUUAAGUGUAUGUUAUGACUUUGUAACAAGUACAUGCAGUGCGCUACUGAUGUGGUCCUGUGAUACUGUUUUCAAAAGCAACAACAUUCAUACUAGUUGUUAUACAUAUUUAUGUCCAUGAUAAAUUUCAGUUAAAUUGUUGGUAUUGGAAGUGUUUUCGGUUGUAACUUACUGUUUGUCUUUAUGUAUGCUGCUGCUUUAUAAUAGUGAAAACAAGAAGACUUACAAAGUUUGAAAUGUGAAGGCAACGUUUGGUUUGUGUGUGCUAAUUAAUAAGGAAUAUUGUCUGACAUCUGCUUUCUGCAUGAAGCUGGAAGUCGACAAAGCUUUGUAUUCAGAGGAAAAAAAACUUUCAGUUUAUGACAAAGCUGAAAGAAACUGUAAAAGUAUAUCUAUAAUGUAAUGCAAUCGCUUGAAUAUUUUUUGACAUGGAUUGUUAUUGAUUAGUGUGCCUUAGAUACAAAACCACUUGUUGAACUAUUUGUCCUAUGGUUUUGUUUUUUUUAAUUAGGAGAAGUAUUCAUUGCUACUGAAAUCAUUCCAUCUGACAUCCUCAGUGCAUGAUGAUGUACAAUUUUAGCGUACUUUUAAUGUAAUAAAUUUACAUUUCAAAUAAUGGUGGAUACAGUACCAUUCUAACGAUUACCAUACAUUUACAGAUCUUGUCUUGCUUUUUCCUUUUGAAAAGGUGAUCUUGGACUCCUCUAAAUUAUAUGUCCGUGUUUUCUGUUAUUAUUAUGAUUAUUUGAACAGCUGUUUUAUUUUAAAUAAUGAUAAAAAUGCAAGCAUAAUUAAUUGUGGACAUAUAGUGUCCUUGCUGUACUGUGCUACCUGAUUUGGUCAUCUCAGCCAGUGUCACUAAGUAUAGAAAGAUCUAGUCAUUCUGUAUUUUUUCUACAUCACAUCCCAGUAGAGCAUGAGUAGAAGCAAGCAUAAAACUGUUCUUCAAGAAUCCAGUAAAAUUUGUAGAGGCAUGCAGAAAUACCAGGCAUUAGAAUGUUUUUUUCUGAAGUAGAUUUUUUUUUUUUAUUUAUACACCCAUUGACAUUGGAAAUUUUGUUGUGGAAGGUAAUUUUUGGAGCGACAUCGUCAUUGUGAAAGACAAAACUGGGUGGUUAUUUUAACCAUAUUUCCAAUUCCUGUAAAUUGAAGUUUUUUUUAUUGAGCUUCUUGCAAGUAUUUUGUGUUUUUUUCUGAACAAGUAAGAGAACUGUUAAUUUUCCUGUUUUUUCCUAAAAUGUUUGUCUAAGUGAUGUUGGGAUACAGCAUCAAGAAGACUUCAAUGUCAACACCUUGCAUGGUCUGAUUUGAAAACAAAAAAAAUAUGUCAUAAAGGUUACAUUUCUAAGAUUUGUUGUGUAUUUUCAAUAUUUUCUUUUACUAACACAGAAAAAAAGGUUGACCUAAAAUGUGAUACAUAAUUUAAGAGUCCAAUUCCUUAUGGUGUUAUAUUUUUAAGCAUUGACAAUUCUAUUUUUUUUCAAAUGGUUCUGUAAAAUUUUAUAAUCUACAGCCAAUAUUUUUUUUUAAAUUGCAGUUUCCAGCUAUGCAUUAUGCACAAAAAUGUAAGUAUCUUAUGGUCAUACCCUUUAUUCACAUCCAUGCAGUAGAACCUACAUGGAUGGGAAAGUUCCACACUGUAGAUAUACUCUAGCAGUUAUUCAGAAAGGUCAUGUCCAAUGUCUGAGGGGCAUGGUAGCUGUUGUGCUAAAUGCAUGUUGAGUAGAAUAUGGCUUUAUCUGCUCCUGCUGGUAUCAUUGAUUCAAGUUAUGUUGGCUUAGGUGAAGUCAAUAAUGAUGUUUAAGCAGUCUUCUUAAUAAACACAGAUGGUCAAAUAUGCUAUUAUGUUUGAAAAGUUAUCCAUAAUGGUCAUGUUGCAAAUUUGUCACGGUAACCUCUUUGAGACUAUGUAUUUAAAGGUGUCUGUAAAGAGUUAUUGUUGUCCGGCUGCAUGUCAUGUUUUGAGUAGAAGCAUUAAGGAGUGACAUGGCCGUUCCUAUUUUCAUGUUCUGACCACAGCAUUUAUGGUAACAUGCUACCUAGAAAACAAAACUGUGCUGCUGUUAUUGCAAUGGUUGCAUGUGCCUUAUUUUCUGUAGAACUUAGAGGUAGGAGGGGGAGAAGCUUGGCCUGCAGUAUUUUCUAGGUUAGGAGUGUGCGCUUGACACUACAGUAGAUGAGGGCGAUAGUGCCUGUGCGGACAAGCUGAUUAUAUCAACAGAAAGUUUUUGCCCUACAGGUGAUUUGGCACCUGCGUGACGAAAGAGUACUCGGCUCAGGGAUUGGAGCAGUGGGAGGAAAUUGUCACAUGCCACUGCUGUGAUGUUAAGUUUGCUUGGCAGUUAUAACCAGCUAGCAUCUUUAUUGGUUUGUGUAUUUUUUUUUGUUGCGCUUUUUAUGACAACAUAAUUGCUGUGUUAAUAUCUUGUCCUUUUGACUUGUUAAAGCCUUAUAUCCUUGUUAGCUUUGUGCAUGUUAUCAGUACCAUAUCAUAUUGUUUUGUUGUCAAAUAAUAAAACUCAGAAGUAUAUAUGAUCA